AUGGGCUACGUGGAGGGACAAGGACUGGGUUCUAGCGGCCAGGGUAUCGUCAACCCGAUCGAAGCUCAGGCGCGACCACAGGGCGCUGGUCUCGGUGCUGUGCGGGAGAAGACCAAGCAGGCACGAGAUGAAGAGAAACGAGAGGCCGCGCGCCGGGGCGAGUCGAUCGAAGAUAGCUCCGAUGAAGAAAAACGUCGACGACGCAAGAAGAAACAGGAGCGCAAGACAGAGAGCCGCAGUGGCACUGGCACACCGGUGCCCCGACCCAAGCCCAAAUUCCGAACCGCACGAGAAAUCGAAGAUGCUAUGGAAGGUCUCGAGGUGCCGAAUGUCCUAAAGUCGCUCAUCGACGCUACCGGAAAGGAACAACGGGUUUUGACUUCAACGGCUGGUUUGAUGGCAUCACAAGAAUUCGUCAGCCAGGGCGAAGGAGAGGCGAUGAAGAUCGCGCGACGUGCCCGUACCGACCUUGAGGCCUUUGCAGAUGAAUGGAAAGGGUUGACCGAGAGGAAGAAAUUCAUUGAGCUAGAAGAGGCCCAGGUGGUUGACGAAUUGGAUGCGUAUCAAGCCCGACUCAACCAUCUUACUGGACUUAUUGCUGCCGUGGAAGAGCUGGAUAUCUUCGAGCACGAGGAAAGCACUGCGUCCAAGUUCAAUGAGAUGACCGAAAAAGUCGAAGCCAUGGAGUCCAAGUAUCGGGACAUCGGUGACGAAUACAAACUCGCAGAAACGGUCGUCGCGGCCAUACAUCCACUCUUCCGGCAGGCCAUGGAAGAAUGGGAACCUCUUCAAGACCCGAAUUUCCUCGUCUCCAACCUCGCCCGCCUCCAACCUAUUCUUUCUCGCCGGACCGAGAAUGGAGUUCAACAGCGAUCAUCGACAUCUCCCUAUGAAACAAUGAUUUACACCUUGUGGCUGCCCCGAGUACGCUCCGCACUUCUCAACGACUGGGACGUUUACGAUCCGAAUAUUGCAACCUCGCUAAUAGUUGCGUGGAAACCUAUCGUUCCAGCUUUCGUGUAUGCCAACCUCAUUGACCAAGUGGUUGUUCCGAAGCUUAGCGGAGCUUUGAAGCAGUGGAAACCCAGGAGCAGCCGACGACACCCAUCUCAGCAGGAUGGAAAGUUCCCUUGGUGGUUGUUCACAUGGCUAGAGUACCUGGGUGAACGGCAUACUAACCCCAAGCAGCCCACGGGUCUGAUGUCGGAUACAAAGAGGAAAUUCCGCGUGGUAUUAGACUCGUGGAGCCUGCGCCGGGGUCUCAUUAAUGGCAUUGAGCUUUGGCGGGACGCUCUCGGCAGUGAAUUUGACGUCUGCCUACGCAAUCACUUGCUACCUCGUCUAGCUCGUCACCUUCGUGAAGACUUUACUGUGAACCCUCAGGAGCAAGACUUGACUGCACUGGAAGACGUGCUGCGCUGGAAAGAUUUCUUCAAACCUAACGUGAUGGGUCUGCUACUAGUCUCCGACUUUUUCCCCAAAUGGCAUGAAAUUCUUUACAUCUGGCUCACCAACGAUCCGAACUAUGAAGAGGUCGCUACUUGGUUCACCUGGUGGCAAUCUCAGAUUCCAAAGGAGGUCAAUGAACUGGCCAUUGUUGAGGAUGAAUGGAACAAGGGUCUACAUACCAUGAACCUCGCUGCUGAACUUGGAGAUCGCGCUGCUGCGGAACUUCCACGCCCAGCCACAACUGGCCGGACCGCACUUCCUACUCGGCAAGAUGCCGUGGCAGAGGCAGCAGCGGCCGCAAGCAAAGCAGCACCCGUGCCUCAAGCCAAGUCUGCAAUUGUGGAAGAAAUUGCAUUCAAGGAUAUUGUGGAAAAUUGGUGUGUGGAACAAGGUCUCAUCAUCCUUCCUUUGCGCGAAGCACACCCGAAGAAUGGAUACCCUCUAUUCCGCAUCACGGCCAGUGCAACAGGCAAGGGUGGCGUGGUGGCAUACCUACAUGGUGAAGUUGUAUGGGUGCAGAACAAGAAAGCCAAGGAUGUCUGGGAACCAAUGGGUCUAGAGGAUUCUUUGGUCGAGCGUGCUGAGGGACGUUAG